CUUCUGCGGCUUCAGGUCUCUUUUAAGGAACUCCACCCUAGGUGGAGUCCUUACCAUAGUCACACCUCUUGUCUGGCCUAGCCGGGGCGGAGAAAGACGAAAUCACUCCAUCCACUCAGGUUGCCUAGAGAGCACUUCACGUUCUGACCUGUGUGGGUCUUGAGGUCCGCAGUGGGACAGCCAGGAGCCUCUAAGAAACCCCGCCCCAGAGGACCUGCAAAGAGUUGCUGCUGUUUUUCCUUGAAGCUCUUGUCCCGGGCUGGUGUUCUCCUAAGUGUAUCGACCAAUCAUCGGCAUUUUCUCCUCCCUUCUUUCCUUUUAGGAAAGAGCUGGGGUGUGGGGCUGCCACCGCAGCGUUGAAGGGAUCCUCUUGUGAUAUCUCGUCCUGGGUUCCUCAACAGUGUUUUCAGGUUUUGGGCUGUUUUCUUAGCCCCUACCUCUGUCCUUCUUUUCAAGGGUGUGCGGAGUUCAGAGACUGGGUGGAGAGUGGCCUUGGCCGGAACUGAAUUGGUAAAGCUGGAAGAAAAAGGGGAAGUGGGGGACCGUGAAAGAGAAAGUAGGAGAAUGUAGCCAAGGGGCGAGUGUGAGUGGAACAGCUGUUUUGCGAUCAGCUCAGGAGUAUGAGCCUACAGGAGGACAGCAUGAGCUUUAGACGCUUCAGGAGUCCUCAGCUAGAGACAAGAGCGAUAUGGAUCAACUCAUAAACAACUUAGAGGUCCAACUUAAUGCAGAAGCUUGCUCAAUGGAGGCUUUCAAACAGGUCACUGGCCCUAUUCAUACCAGAGAUACCCCUGAGCCAACAGACAGAAGUAAUAUUGCAUCUCCAUCACUUCUGGAUGCCAGCCCUAUGGAGAACCCAGAACUGUUUAAUGACAUCAAGAUUGAGCCCCCAGAAGAACUUCUGGAUAAUGACUUCAACCUGCCCCAGGUGGAACCAGUCGACCUCUCCUUUCACAAGCCUAAGGCUCCUCUCCAGCCUGCUAGCAUGCUUCAACCUCCCAUACGUCCUCCCAAACCACAGUCUUUUCCCCAGGCCCCUGUAGUGUCCACUUCAACAUCUGACAUGAUCACUCCAACUAACAUUCCUACUGUUCUUGCUCCAAACUCUAUUCUGCCCUCCUCUCAGGGUACUGGUGGCCAACAGUUCUUACAUGUGAUACACACUAUCCCCUCAGUCAGUCUCCCAAAUAAGAUAGGUGGACUGAAGGCCAUCCCAGUAGUGGUGCAGUCUCUACCCAUGGUGUAUGCCAGUUUACCUGCAGAUGGGAGCCCUGCAGCCAUUACAGUUCCACUUAUUGGAGGAGAUGGCAAAAAUGCUGGAUCAGUGAAAGUUGACCCCACCUCCAUGUCUCCACUGGAGAUUCCAAGUGACAGUGAGGAAAGUUUAGUUGAGAGUGGAUCCUCAGCCUUACAGAGUCUACAAGGACUACAGCAAGAAUCAAGAAUGAUGAGACAAAUGCCGAGAGAAGAUUCACUUGAUUUGAAGAGAAGACGGAUUCACCAAUGUGACUUUGCAGGAUGCAACAAAGUAUACACCAAAAGCUCUCACCUGAAAGCUCACCGCAGAGUCCAUACAGGAGAGAAGCCUUAUAAAUGCACCUGGGAUGGAUGCACCUGGAAAUUUGCUCGCUCAGAUGAGCUCACCCGCCAUUUCCGUAAGCACACAGGCAUCAAACCCUUCCAGUGCACAGACUGCAACCGCAGCUUUUCUCGCUCUGACCACCUGUCACUGCACCGCCGACGCCAUGACACCAUGUGAUUAUCACAGGACACUCCAGAGGAGCUGUGCUGGUUUGUUUCCUGUGUAUGUGUUGAAGUCACAACCAUAUUUUCCUCUUUGACUUCAACGUGCCUCUAGAAUGGGGUUGGAGCAGCCUACUGAGCCAGGUUGAGGAGACCAGAGAAAAAGAUAGCUGACCUCACAUGGGACCCUUUUUAUUCCAUCUUCACCUCUCCUCUAUCUAGACUUAACUUUUUUCAACCUCUGCAUGGGUUGAAUUCUAGUGUGGCACCCAUGGCUGCCCCCAACCCCAAUCACUCCUCCUCUGAAACAGACAUUCUUCCUACAAUAACAAAACAGGAAUCAAACUCAAGGCUGUGAACAAACAUAUGCUGCUUCCUUCUCCCUUUGUUUUACUCGUUUUCUAGAGUGAAUGAAUAUACAUAUAUAUUCAAAUACAUAUAUAUAAUAUAUAUAUAAUAUAUAUAUAUGAUAGUGUCCUAAUAUGAUUUUUUCAAUUCCUAGAUGGAGGAGGCAUAACAAUAUAUUUAAUCAGUAUAUUUACAGAGAUUUGGAACCUAAUGAUAGGGCACAUUAUCAGUGAAUAAGGUGAGCCUUAUAUCAAAUUUAAAAGUUUUGUAAAUUCAAUCAUAUUUCUACUUAUGUUUUGGUUUUCAGACAGUGCUGGUGCUUCUUUUUAAGUCCAUCAAAGGGAAUAAAGAAAUCUUAUAUUUCUCUUCCUUCUCCAGCUCCUUUAAGAUUACAGAUUUCAUGGCACAGUUAUAUUCUUUGUUAGAUUAAAUUUGGGCAAAUAUUCAAAGUACACAAAGACAGGUAUGGAAGGGACAAAAGUGUUGGAGAAAGAUAUGUCAGGCAGUAACAAGAACAAGCAGACAUGGAAUGAUCCUGAGAAUGAGUAAAAGGUGAGUUUCAUUUGGAAUCGAUAUCAAAAGUGUUGUUAAUCACAAACCUCAUUUGAAUGACAGCCUUUUGCGAUAAUUAUCUUGAAGGAUUGCACCAUACUGUUUUUUCCUUAGUUUACUUAAAGCAACUUUGGUCUAUUGUAUGAUGAGGAAUCACACACAGAGGCCAUACCAUAUAGAGAUGAGGUGUUGGGAGAAAGGAAUUGUGUUCACUUGAUGGCAUUAUUGGCCCUCAUUCCUGUGUUUUGAAUGGAAAAUAAGAGGCUUUUGGUAAAAAUUAACUUACAAAAAGAAGUUUGAAGUUUUAUAACUACUAUGAACACCUAAGCCAUUUCUUUCAGCCAUUAUGGCAGGUUGGAUAAUAUACACAUUUGGUUUCCCAAUCAGACUGUUUCAUAAUAUUCUCUGGGCCAUAAAUCCUGUUUCUCUCCCUGAACCUCAGAUCUACCUCCACAAGACAUAUUUCCUUUUCCAGGACUAAGGGAGUGGGGCACUGUAACAAUAUAGUAAACACAGCCUAUCUCCUAAAGAUUGUCUUCUUAUUGAACCCUUUUUCCUUGGCAGAUAUUUAACCAGUCCCUGCCUGAAUACUUUAGGUUACUACCUCUUGAGGAUGUCCAUGUUAAAUAAACCAUAGAAUUCUAGCAUCACAAAGGAAUUUUAUUAGUUGUUUAGUCCUACCCAUGUCUCAUAUUUAACAGAUACGGGUCAAAUUCUGCAAAUGAUUUCCUGAGGCCUUAUGGAUCUGCACACUCAUUCUCCCAGGGACUACACUAUUAUAACAAAUUAAAGAAAAUUUUAUGUGAUGGGCUGUAAUAUUUAUCCAAUUUUAUGCUAUCUUUCAAAAACCUUUAGACUACUCAAAAAUCAUUUACAGUUGAUUACAUAGUAAGUAAAAUGUGUUUAUAGUUACUGCCAUAUAACAUACGCACAAUUUUUCUAUUCUCACACUUUUGUAAUACGUAGAUUUUAUUUACCUUAUUUCAAUUUUUAAUAUCUUUCCAUACCAUAAACCCUCUAUAAACAUAAGGACUACUUAUAUUUUUUGAAAUAGUGUCUAGGCUUUUACUAUUAAUAUUGUUGUUCUGAUAUGGGGUUUUUCCUGACUUUUGAUGUACAAGUGCAAAGCUAUAUACUAAUUGCUAAAGUAUUAAGAAAUAUUUAGGGCCAAUGUGCUAUUGGGAACUUCUAGGUAGCUAUCAAACAGACUGGAAAAGGAUUACAAUCAUACAUACAUUCAAGCUUUAUAACUGAGUAGCUGGUACAGUAUUUCAAAGCGAAAAGGUUUAACUUUUUCCUCCAUGGUUUGGAUACUAAAAUUCCUUAUCUAGAGCUCAGAACUGAUCUGUGCCCGUCACACCUCAAGAGAUUUUGUGUUGGGCAUAUGCUCUAUUUAUAAGUAAUUAAGAUGAUUAAAUAAGUAUCUCAAAUAUUGCUGUCCCUGACCUACCUGAGCGUUUAUUUAAAAUUUUUUUCUGCAAGGUAUUGAGAGACUGCUUUGUUAAUUAGCUACAGUCAAAAAGCAAUUUGAACUAUUUUUAUUGUCCUCUUUCCCUGCCACUCCAAUAAAAUCUUUUGAAUUAUUUAGUAUACUUUAAGAAAUGUGUCAGAAUUCAUUAAAAGGAUUUCAUAGAAUACAUGGAUUCAAAUACAGUGCUAACUGCAAAGUUACAGCAUCAGAAAUAUGUAAAGAUUUGCUAGCUAUAUGGUGAGGUGGAAAGGAACUAAAAUGUAUCUCACUUAGGUAGCAUUUUGGGUUUCAUUAAAUUUGGUGUAUUCAUACCAACAAAGCACUAUUAGUUAACAGUUGCCUAAGACAUACAGAUGGCCUUAUUUAAUAGGGUAGCAUAAUGUUGUGGGAUUUGUUGUAGUGAAAUUCCUCCAUCUGUAGAUUAUUGGCAAUUGAACAUAACUAUUUAUAAUUGUGAUUGUAAAAUUUAAGAAAAACUAUAAGGAAUAUGAACUUGUAGGGUAGAUUAUGUGGAGUGUUUUAUGAAUAAAAUACAAAGGUUGGUGUCAUGAACGUCUUUUAAAAUAAACUUCACAUUUUGAAACAUUUUCAGAUUUACAGAAAAAUUGUGAAGAUAGUAUAGAAAAUUUCCAUAUAUUCUGCAUCUAUUUUCCUGUGUUAUUAACAUUUUACACUAUUAUACAUUUGUUAUAAGUAAUGAAACAAUAUUGAUACAUUAAUAUUAAUUGCAGUCCAUACUUUAUCCAGAUUGAUGUAGUUUUUACCUAAUAUCCUUUUUCUAUUUUAGCAUCCUACCAGUAUUCAAGAUACCACAUUACACUGAGCAAUCAUAUUUUCUUAGGCUUCUUUUCGUUCUGACAGUUUCUCAGAUUUCCUUUGUUUUCAAUUACUUUGGAAGUAUUGAAAAGUAUGUUGUUCAGUGUGGAUUUACCUACUGUUAUUCCCAUGAAGAGACUGGGGUAAUGGGUUUUGGGGAAGAAAAUCACAGGAUAAAGUGCUAUAUUUUCAUUAUAUGAUAUUUACAUGACAUCACUCUUGUUAACCUUGAGCACUUGGCAAAGAUAGCAUUUAUAAGCUUUUUCAUAUGUACUCUUUUUCCCCCUUUAAUACUGUACUCUUUGAAAGGAGGUCACCAUAUACAAUCCACACGUAAAGUGUAGUAAGUUAUUCAACACAUUCUUGCAAAUAUCUCUAUAAACUAUUUGCAAUUAUUCUACAUAGGAGAGUUGUCUCUUAUUCAUUUAUUUAUUCAUAAAAUCAUUUAUUUAUACCAACAUGAACUCAUAGAUGUUUAUUUUAUUUUGAGGUUAUAAUUCCCUGCUACUUUAAUUAUUUUACUGCCUAAAUUGUUCUUGCUUUGGUCAAUGGGAGCUCUUUUAUGUUGACUUCCAAGUCUUUUUGACAUACCACCCUCAUUUAUUAGCAUGUCCUUACUUUCUGACACUACAAGAUGUCCAGGAUCACUUUGUGUCCCUAUAAUAAGCCUUUUUAAAAGGAGUCUUGGUUAUAUUUACUGUUGAAUUUUACUAGAAACUAAAAUCUGGGGACCAGAUAGGUUUGUUGUUACUGAGGUAUUGUUGUAUGAAGGCCUUUUCAGCUGACAGGGCAAAGAAAUAUAUCUGUGUAUACUAAGGUGAUCAUCCAUAUAUUUUAGCUGUAUAUGAAUGCAUAUUGAUGUCUUCAACUCUAAUCCACAUGAAUCAGUCUACCUUCUCCCUCUUACAUAUCUAUAAUCUUUCAUUCCAAUGGUGAGAGACAUGCAUGCCACUUUCUGCCAUCUAUUUGAUUGAUCUUUUGAUUCCAGCAUAUAAAUAUAUGAUAUCUUACUUGUCAUCCUGUAUACUCAUGGUAAACAACUUUAUAAACUAGAACUGAGUGCUUAUGUAUAUGACAGUAAUAUUUUUUUUGAACUCCAAAAGCUCUUGAAACAAAGUGGACAGCAAAGUUCUGGAGUCAGAAAUUUCUGUGAUCUCGAUACCCAAAAUCUGGGAUCUACCUUGUCCUAAAAAAGACAAAUCAUUAGGAAUUUUCUAACCUUGAAUAAACCAAGGGAAUGUAUUGAUAUUCCACAGUGUGCUAAAUCCUAUAUGAGGUACUAGGGAGGAAUGGACACAAAAGAAACUGAAUGGGCCCAGUUUAAAGAAAUCUUGGCAUUACCUUUUUUCACUACUAGAUAUGGCUCUUUGACAACAGGAGUGUUAUCCUGAGUUGCCUCUUUUCCAUAUUUUCCUCAUUCUUCUACAUGGUUGCACUUAGGUAAGUUAUAUCAGUUCUUUGUGCUUCAGUUAACUCAUCUGAAAAUGGGUAAACAAAUAUCUACCUCACAAAAAUGCUAUGAGAGUCUUCAUUAUAGAUGUUGGCAAAAAUGAUAAAAGAUCUUUAAAUGAACAAUAAUUAAUUAUAAUCAUUGCUAUCAUGGUAAUUGUAAUAUUAUAUAUUUACUCUAUGAAAAGGAGAGGAUUAGGCCUUUCAGAUAAUUAGAGCUAAAUUUGAAUUAGUAACAAAAGUAAUUGAAGUCAGGACUGGUGGCACAGGUGGUAAUUCCAGAACUCUAAGAUACUGAGGUAGGAGGGUCACAAGCACAAGCCCAGCCUGGGCAAGUUAGAGAGAUCCCAUCUCAGAAGAAGACAAAACUUAGAAAUGAGCUGGGAAUGCAGUGAAGGAGCUGCAUUCAAUCUCCACUACUUAAAAAACAGAGAAAGAAAGGUCACUGAAAGUAAUGUUUCUUCUCUUACUCUUGCCUUCCCUACAUUCUCUUUGUUACUAACUAUAGUAUUAUCAUAUUUAGUGCUUUCAAUACCUAAAAGAAUAGCUGGCCAAAAUCCAUUGUUUUAAAACUAUUUUUCCCCUUUAUCUUGCUAUCUGGACCACAUUACAUGUCAUCUUGUCAGAAGCAUAUACAUUGUGAUCGCAUUCAUCAUUGGGAAUUUGUACUUCUACAUUAUAUAUCUUGGUUCUUUUUUCCCAUUUCCCUUCUUUCCCUUCCACCCCUCCACCCUCGAACUAGGAAGAAAAGGUUCAAAAAAGCAAAUUGAUUUUCACCAGAUAUAUUUUCUCUUUCUCCACUUACUAUACUCUGAACAGUAGGAAGGAAGUGUGGUGAAGUGUGUUUGAAGUUGGAGUGGGCUGGAAGAGGAUAGUAUGUAUAGCAGUGGCAGGACAUUUCUUCAUUUUUCAAACACUGUUUUCAAUUUCCUUUUUGGGUUGUGGGUUGAGGGCAAGGCAAGAGAUAAUAUUUCAUCAAUUUUUAAGCUUCCCUUCUCGUAGAUGUUUCCUAGGGUCAGUACAAGUAGAACAGUGCUGUUUUCAUUGUAUAAAAUAAAAAAGGAGAAGAAAAUUCCUAGUGGUAUUCAUGCUCGUUUUUUAAAUGGAAGUUUACCACAGAAGAGCAGUGUCAGAAGCUGUCUCACUCUCUCUAGUUUUGGGGAAAGAAGUUUGCAGUGAAAGAAUUGAUUCAAUUUUUGUCAUUGUUAAUUUAAUUAUAAAAGAGUAUAGUAAACUUUAGUCUAUAUCAUUCUUAUAUUUGUGCCUCAUUGUUUUAAUGCUUUAGAGUAGCACCUUUUAUUUCCUCGAUUUUAUACUAAUUCCUGCUCCAGAGGCAUGGUUUUGAGCAAUCUCUUAAAAAUGUCUGUCUUGCACCUGAAGAGCUUCAAGAAUUGCUUCAGUUAGCAUGGCCACUUAAGAGGUUACUCUGUGCUAGCUCAGAGGAACUCUCCCAAUGUAUCCCAAUAUAUCCAGGCAGGAUAUAUGCUUGGUUACUAAGAAAUUUGUUCAGUUUGACUAGUGUGCUUUUUUAUUAAAAAAAUAUUUUUAAUUUCAAACACCAUGGCUAUUAUCUUAAAUUUGUCUCCAAAUUGUUUCAACAUACCUCUUGUUAGUCAUUUUUUCUUUCCCUUUAGUUGGGUAAAGUUGUGAUGAAAUUACUCUCUAAUAUUAUAUGGUGACAAAAGAAGUUGAGCUGUUUCAAACAAUAGUUUCUUUAUGCAUGUUGGGCAUUCCUUGUUCUUGGUAAUAUAUUCAGCUAUAUCCGUGCAUGAGGCUCCAUGAAGACUGUAUGCUCCUUUUUUAUAUUUCUAUAAAUGACCCCACUGAAGUUUGUGGGUUAUAAACUCAAUUGGCUAGGUUUCUCUAUCAAGCCCUCUUCCUCACUAUUUUAGUCUUCUUCCUAGGAAGAAAGGAGAGAGAGAAGAAGGUACUGUGGCAACUUUGAAUCCAAUGAAAUACCAGUACAAAUACCAGCCCUGAGUAGAUUUUCAUUACAAAUGAUAAAAAUUAUGAAUCUCAGAGUUUAUAGAUUUCCCAGCAAUAUCCAAGAAAAUUAUGAUGAAACCAACAUUGGGAGGCCAUUAAGGAAGCAAGAUUUAUGCACAAUUCAAACUGUUGCCUAGAAAUGUGAACAUUGGUCAAAUCAAAACUUUGACCACAGGCAUCUGGAAUGACCAGACUGACUGAACAAGUAUUUUGGGCUCAGUGGCUCAAGAUUAUUGAUCUCCCAUUUUGUGGACAUUUCCAUUGUAUGUAUACAUUCUAUGUCUUUUUUCAGUCAUGUAGCCCCUGUUCUUUUUCAACAUCCAAUAGCCCAUAUAAGUUCUCAUUUUUUCUGCCUUGUACUAGAUAUUAAUUCAGUGAUUUCUGAGCCUUUGUCUCCAAAAUUUCUAUUUGUAAGAACCCAUACAAAUUCUUUUUUUACUUUAGCGAUUUCUGAGUUUAGAUUGUCAUUGCACUGUGUCAAAAGUGAGACUUAAAAUAAUUCAUAUCUACAUGUGGUGCUGUCACAGACAUGAAUAAAUGUACCUACAGGAGCUAUUUUGUGCACCAUCAUCUUCUUGACAAUUUCAGAUAAUAGGGGUAAACCCUCUCUGUUUCUUAACCUCCUGUGUUUUUGGUUGAUGUUUCAAAAUUUUAUUUUGGUGUCAUUUGUUGCUGGCUGUCUAGGAGGGAUAUUCCUCCCUUAGUUACACAGAAGGAAUAUUUUCAUCUAGGUGAUUACUCAGAUUUUUGGGAGCAGUAAAUAAAGCAUGCAUCAAAUAUUGAAAGAAUAAUGACAAUAUAUAUGCCCAUAUAUCCACUACUCAGAUUGGAAACAGGACAUUCAUUGCUCAGUCCUCCAGAAACAUCCAGGUACCAAUCACUUACCACAUUCCCCUUGUUUUCUCUGAAGGUAACUUCUAUCCUAUUUUCAGUGAUGAUCAUUUUCUUUAUUUCUUAAAAGGUUAAUAUUUAUCAUAGAAAAAUGCAAACCUAAAUAAUAAUUUACCUUUGCCUGUUUUUGAACUUUAAAUAAAUAUAAUUUUAUUGUACUUAUUAAUUUGUGCUUUGAUUACUUUACUCAGAAUUUUGACUGUGAAAUUCAUCCAUGUAAAUAUUUGUAACUACAGUACUUUUGUUUCCAUUGUGCUGAGAUAUUCCACUAUAU